UAUCAAGAGAACAUGGCUCACCUGGGUGAAUGUAAAUGGACUCACGUGUUCCCUUUUCUGGUGGUUUCCCUGGUGUACUCCGCCAGCGCUGAAUACUCCAACUGCGGCGAGAACGAAUACUACAACCAAACCACCGGCAUGUGCCACGACUGCCCCAAGUGCGAGCCGGGUGAAGAGCCGUACAUGACCUGUGGAUAUGGCACCAAAGACGAAGAUUAUGGCUGCAUCCCCUGCCCGUCAGAGAAAUUUUCCAGAGGAGGUUACCAGAUAUGCAGACGGCACAAAGACUGUGAGGGAUUUUUUCGAGCCACAGUCCUGACACCAGGCGAUCAGGAGAACGAUGCAGAGUGUGGACCUUGUCUCCCAGGUUACUACAUGCUGGAAAACAGACCUCGAAACAUAUACGGGAUGGUUUGCUACUCAUGCUUGUUGGCGCCUCCUAACACCAAAGAAUGUGCAGGGGCUACCUCUGGCAUUUCGGCCAUUUUCCCGAGCACAUCUGGCACAAGUACUUUUUCACCUUACCAGCAUGCUCACAAAGCAGACCUUUCAGGACAAGGACAUCUGGCUACAGCUCUUAUAAUUGCAAUGUCUACUAUAUUCAUAAUGGCUAUUGCCAUUGUCCUCAUCAUCAUGUUUUACAUUGUGAAAACAAAACCUUCUGCUCAAGCCUGUUGCAAGAGCCACUCAGUAAAAAAUGUCGAAGCUCAGGCUAAUACACAAGAAGAGAAGAAAGAAGUGCAAGAUAAUGUUGUGAUAUUCUCUGAGAAAGAAGAGUUUGAAAAGCUUACAGCAACUCCAGCUAAGGCUGCUAAAAGUGAAAACGAUGCAUCUUCUGAGAAUGAACGACUUUUAAGUCGUAGCAUGGAUAGUGAUGAAGAAGCUGCAGUUGACAAGCAAGGGACUCCAGAGAGAUGCUUGUUAUCUUUAGUGCAUUUGGCCAGAGAUAAAUCUUCUACAAACAAUAAAUCGACUGGGAUUCAAAGUCGAAGGAAAAAGAUACUUGAUGUGUAUGCUAACGUAUGCGACGUUGCAGAAGGUCUGAGCCCCACGGAGCUGCCAUUUGACUGCCUGGAGAAGACGAGCCGCAUGCUCAGCUCAACAUACAACACAGAGAAAGCCAUAGUGAAAACGUGGCGCCACCUCGCCGAGAGCUUUGGACUGAAGCGAGACGAAAUAGGUGGCAUGACAGACGGCAUGCAGCUGUUUGAUCGCAUCAGCACAGCGGGUUACAGCAUCCCAGAACUGCUAACCAAACUGGUGCAAAUCGAGCGGCUGGAUGCUGUCGAGUCCUUGUGUGCAGAUAUUCUGGAGUGGGCACAAGCUAUGCCUGCUCCCGAACCAGCAGUGACAUCCUGACGUGGCUGUGCUCCCACAUCACCUGCAAGAGCAAUGAUUCCAGCAAGCAGCACACCAAAGACUUUGGACAAGAGACCCUUGAUGUUUCUUCUGUGUAAUCACUCCCCAUACCGAUGGGAAGCUUUUCUCUUUUACUUCUAAAAAGUGAAGUUACACAUCUACCAAAACGAGAGCAGAAAUCUCCCAAGAAGCUUGGUAUAAAACACGUCAUUAAACAAAAUGAUUAAGUUAAUCAGUUACUGGUAAUAAGUGGACAGAAAAGGAUCCAUUUUCCAGUCUGUGUUUGAGUAUAUGUGCAGAUAAUCCUGUCAGUACCCUUCCCACCUGGCUUUCAAGCCACUGAAUUGCUAUCUGA